UGAAAGUUGGUGCUACAAUGGCGUAGCAUAGGGUGAAUCUGUUGAUAUCAAAUGUGGGUGUGUCCUUUUUAAAUGAUAAUUCGGUUGACGAAACUCCGUAUCAAAAAUUUCCAAACAAAUUUGAUUAACAAAUUGAAAGAUGUUUGCAUUUUGCACUAAACUGUAACUGUCAAAACGUUGAAACGUCAAAACUUAAUAACAAUUAUAGGUUAUAACAUCCUUUUACAACAAAAAAUAUAAUAAUAAUUAAUGACAACGCACAGUUUCCUUUAAAAAAUGACUGUAUUACUAAAGCUUUUUCUAAAUUUAAAAUUUUUAUGUUAAUGUAAAUAAGAUGUCUCGAUUAGCUGAUUACUUUGUAGUUGUUGGAUAUGAUCAUGAAAAAGAACGUAGUGGCAUAAGCAGUGGAAUAAUUCUUCAAAGAUUUCCAGAGAAGGACUGGCCAGACACACCGUUUAUUGAAGGAAUCGAAUGGUUUUGUCAACCGCAAGGAUGGGCCCUAUCGACCGACAGGCAAGAGCCACAAUUUUUCGUCUCUGUACUUACAGAUAUAGACGCAAACCGACACUAUUGCGCCUGUCUCUGUUUUAAUGAGACAGUAUCGAUAACUCCCAGUAAACCCGUGGACGAGGAGGAAGAUGCUGUGGAAGGUGAAACUGCUUUAGUACGUCCGUUGCCUACAAUAACUCAUCAUAGUAUAAUGUACGCACCGAAAUGCUUAGUUCUUGUUUCAAGACUGGAUUACAUAGAAACCUUUCGUAAUUGUUUGGGAAUUAUUUACACCGUCUACAUCGAAAAUGUUGGCGUGCCUUUAGAGACUUUGGUUGGAAAUAUUAUCGGUUGCAUUCAGGUACCUCCACCCGGUGGACCACAGGUACGUUUUAGUAUUGGAGCAGGAGAUCGUCAAGCGCUUCAGCCACCCAUUAGCCCCUCUCUCCCCGUCACUCAUACAUCGGUCAAUUUACUUUUUCAACAAUUAGGAAUCAGAAAUGUAUUAGUGUUAUUUUGUGCCAUAAUGACCGAACACAAAAUUUUGUUUCAUUCCAAGAGUUAUAAUCGUUUAACGGAGGCCUGCAGGGCAUUAACGGCUUUGAUGUAUCCGUUUAGGUACAAUCAUGUUUAUAUACCUCUUUUGCCCGCGCCGUUAGUUGAAGUCCUUUCGACACCUACACCAUUCGUGAUCGGCGUUCAUUCAUCUUUAAAGACGGAAGUCUCUGAUAUGAUGGAUGUAAUAGUCGCAGAUUUGGAUGGUGGUUCUAUCUCUGUACCUGAUGGUGUGUCUCUACCACUUUUACCUGAACCACUUUUAAGUAACACCCAAGAAGCCCUUAGUCUUAUUUUACAGCCCGAACUGGGAAGUGCAGACUAUGCGUUCCCGCCACUUGCCGUACGCGCUCCCCAGCCAGUUAUGCUAGAUAAAGAAAUUCGCGCCGUCUUCAUGAGAGCUUUCGCGCAACUUCUGCAGGGAUAUCGUAGUUGUCUAACGUUAAUAAGAAUUCAUCCGAAACCAGUUAUAACAUUCCACAAAGCCGCAUUCUUGGGAGAGAGGAACUUAAUCGACUGUGAUUUUUCGACGCGAGUUUUGGAUUGUAUGUUUUUUACGAGUUUCGUUAGCGAACGAGGCCCGCCCUGGCGACCUUGCGAUGUUUGGGACGAGCUUUACAGUAACUUCGGGGAGUUAUUUAAAUUAGAAGUGCAAGACUCUCGUAUGUUACUGAUGCAUAUACAAGAGUUGGCCCAACAGUUGUAUACUAACGAAAAUCCCAAUCCUCAGUCUUACGCUCAAAAAAUUUUAGUACCGCCAGAGGGCGCUUUUGCAAGGAUACACCAGCCGUCCUUUCGUGUGAUUAAUCCGGGACAAGUUCAAGCGAUUAUUGCGGAAGGGUUAGCUAAAAAUAAUCUUAAAUCGAGUGGAGAGUAUGCAUGGUUGGCAUCACUGAGACCUAUGCAACCUAGAAUUGUACCAACAGGCCAACACAUAUCUAACCUCAACGACCACAAAAACAUUGUAAGCAAUUCUGCCAGAAGAUUAGAGGUUUUGAGAAAUUGCAUUAAUUGCAUAUUCGAAAAUAAAAUAUCGGAUGCUCGGAAGACCUUUCCGGCCGUACUGCGCGCUUUAAAGUCGAAACAGGCUCGACUCGCUCUAUGCAAUGAAUUAAGUCAGCAUGUUAUCGGAAAUAAAGCGAUGCUCGAGCAUCAACAAUUCGAUUUAGUGGUGAGAUUGAUGAACUGCGCCCUUCAGGAUGAUUCUUCUAUGGACGAACACGGCGUGGCCGCUGCGUUGUUGCCUUUGGCAACGGCUUUCUGUCGAAAAUUGUGCACUGGAGUUAUUCAGUUUGCUUAUACGUGCAUUCAGGAACACGCAGUUUGGCAAAAUCAACAAUUUUGGGAGGCGGCGUUCUAUCUUGACGUGCAAAAAGAUAUUAAAGCCUUGUAUUUACCUCGACUCGAUAGCAUCUCCCCACGUCUUGGUACCGAUCACAUUCUGGCAACACCUACGUCGCCGCGCGACAGUAAAGACUUCGCCUGGCAAAAUAGAAGAUCGGUGAUAAGUCGGGUACAGGAACCGAGCGCGUUGGAAAUAGCGGCUGAGCAGAUGAGACUGUGGUCUUCUGUUGAUUCAGAAAAGCAGAAGGAGUUGAUAACUAGUGAAGAAAGCACUUUGUACAGUCAGGCGAUUCACUACGCGAAUCGGAUGGUUUCACUUUUAAUUCCCUUGGACAUUGGCAAUCGGUUACAUAAGCAAGAUCACAGCCUUGACGAAGAGAGGGCAAGUAAUAGUAUUGCUAACAGUGUUGCAGAAAGCGACAGCGCUGAUGCGGAGUCCGGAUUCGAAGAGCAGGAACAAGGUGAAACCGGUUCACAAGUGAUAAGAUUGGUAACGCGUUUUGUGGAUAAAGUUUGUAACGAAGGGGGAGUUAGUAGGGAGCACAUUCGUAACUUGCACCAAAUGGUGCCAGGGGUGGUGCACAUACAUAUCGAAACAUUAGAGGCAGUGUACCGAGAGUCAAAGAGACUUCCACCGAUUCAGAAACCCAAGAUCUUAACGCCCAACAUGUUACCGGGUGAAGAAGUCUUGAUGGACGGACUGCGGGUGUACUUACUGCCAGAUGGAAGGGAAGAAAGUAUGGCCGGCUUGCUGGGAGGACCGCCGCUUUUACCUGCUGAAGGGGCAAUCUUCCUUACCAACUAUAGAAUUGUAUUUAAAGGAAUACCAUGUGAUUCUUUUGCAUGCGAGCAGGUAGUUGUACGAUCGUUUCCGAUAAUGUCCCUAACCAAAGAAAAACGAGUAACCGUCCAGUACCUAGCGCACUUGGAUCAGUGGCUUCAGGAGGGAUUACAGAUACGAUCGUGCACGUUUCAGUUACUAAAAUUGGCGUUUGACGAGGAGGUAACGCCCGAAAAUAUCGACGCCAUGAGAAAAACGAUUCACAAAGUGAGAUACCCACCAGACGUGUUUCACCAUUUCGCGUUUACCGGUCAAGUUGUUGUGACGCAAACUCCGCUUCACAAAAACAAAGAAAAAAAUGCCACCUUAAGGGGGUUCGCCAAGAAGACCUUUUUAAAGACGGCACGUAAGGCCGGCUUCAAACAAAAAGAUAAGAGGCAAAAAUAUGUGUUUCCGAAUAUGAAUAUGAAUAAUAGCAAUAAAUAUAUGACAUCCCCAGGACAUGACUUCGAAACUGGUCCGCCGUCCUCAGUACCUCCACCUGCUCCAACUGACGCGAAAACUUUAGAAAGAUUAAUAGAACGUAGUUACGUGAAGGAUUGGCAAAGACUCGGUCUAUGCAACUUCGGCAAUUCCCCGUCGAAUUCGAAACAGAAAACUGACCAGUUUCGUCUUACCACCGUUAACACCCUGUACAUGAUGUGUCGAAGUUAUCCAGCUUUGCUAGUCGUUCCAGCUGCCGUCACAGAUGAAAGCAUAAGGAGAUUUUGUCGAUGUUAUAGACAGGGACGGAUUUCCUCUAUUACUUGGCGACAUCCUAGGACGAAGGCGCUGUUGUUACGGGGCGGCGGUCAUCAUGGGAAAGGUGUAAUGGGUAUGUUAAAGGGCCACCCUACAUCGACAUCUACGGGUACAGAAACCACAUCUUCCAUUGAACAGGAGAAGUAUUUGUCGGCACUUGUCGCGGCAACGCCAAUAUUCGCAUUGAGGCAAGGGUCGGCGUGGGGAAUGUCCGAUAGCAGUUUGAGCAUUGAUUCAUUGCUUCUGGCUGCCGAGGAUCCUCUAAUUGCUGGUACACUCACACCCGAAGUCGCAAGGCGAUCAAAUCCUUUCAAUAAAGCAAUAGGUACCCUGGGAGUUUUUCCGCGCACAAGCGGGGGUAAAGGUCCCAAAAAUUUUGGACGUUGGGGAUCUUUGAAAGAUAGAAGGCAAAGUUCGCAGGCGUCGCUAAGCACUGUACCACAAGCGCGAGGUAAUGUCCGACAUUCUACAGAUUGUGAUACUGGUCUGGACGGCGUUCACACCUUCCAGAGAGCAGCACUUUAUAUUUUAGGAGAAAAGGCCCACAUGAAGGGUGUUAAAAUAGAAUCCUCACCAAAGACUGAUUUUAUACCUGUAGAGUAUUUUGAUGUUAGGCAUACGAAGGCAGCUUUUAAGAAAUUAAUGCGAGCUUGCAUUCCUAGCGCGCAAAACUCAGAACCUGAACAAAGCUUUCAUAAAUUAAUUGAAAAUUCCGAAUGGUUACAGCAAAUACAAAAUAUCAUGCAAUUGUCUGGGGCCGUCGUCGAUUUGUUAGAUUUACAAGGGUCCAGUGUUGCCAUUUGCUUAGAGGACGGAUGGGAUAUCACCGCUCAAGUGUCAUCGGUUGCUCAAUUGUGUUUAGAUCCGUACUAUAGAACGAUAGAGGGUUUUAGGGUGCUAAUUGAGAAGGAAUGGAUUGGAUUCGGUCACAGAUUUAGUCACCGAAGCAACUUCAGUCCAAACUCACAAGCCAGUGGUUUUGCGCCAACUUUUUUGCAGUUUUUGGAUGUAAUUCAUCAAAUUCAAAAGCAAUUUCCAAUGGCGUUCGAGUUUAACGAAUAUUAUCUACGUUUCCUCGCUUACCACUCAGUCUCAUGUCGCUUUAGAACCUUCUUAUUCGAUUGCGAGUUGGAACGAGUGGAAAGCGGCGUCGCGGCCGUUGAAGACAAACGUGGUUCAUUAACCUCACAUCAUAAAAGCGUCGAUACAGGCUCGGAUGACGAGGGCGUUUAUCCGGGCGGUCGCAUGGCAGGCACUUAUUCGGGCACGAAUUUAGGUCAAAGCGUUUUCGAUUACAUAGAAAAGCAAAAUGCGCGAAGCCCACAGUUUUUCAACUUUAUGUACACGCCGGACUUUGAACAUCCUGUUUUACGACCACAGUCCCAUUUGCCGGUGCUCGACGUAUGGAGUUACUACUUAGAUGAGGAUUUGAAGUACGGCCCAAGUUACGAUAUUGAAAUUAUUCAAAUGGAUUCCCAACAGGAAGAAGAAUCGGAAGCUGCCGAUGGAAUUCUUAAUAAGUCGUCACGCAGAGUAAUCACUUUGGGCUAUGAUGGGAUUAGUAAAAGUGUACCUGAUGCAUUUAGCCAUUUACUAGAGGAAAUCCAUAAGCUCGAAGCGGAACUUGGUCACCUGCCACAAAAGUGGAAGGUGCUUUGGGAUAAAUUAGAGCUUCCAUUGAACGAUUCAUUAACACGUCACGCGUCGUUUAGUACGGCUCUGGUACGAUCUCAUGGUAGGCUACUUCACAAACGUUCGACAUUAGAAAUAUUAAUGCGCGGUAAAAUGGUUGGAGCAGCAGAGGCGUCGUUAGUCUACUCGCAUCCUCACAGAUUUGAAAGGUACAAUUAUACAACUCCCACGUACUGUGAUUUGUGUACAAAUGUCUUGUGGGGACCAGUGAAGACGGGUAUGAGAUGCAUGGAUUGCGGUUAUAGUUGCCACGAGAAGUGCAUGGAGGGCGUACCUAAAAACUGUACAAAGUACAAAGCUGUUGCCGAUGGCAACGUUAAUCAAACACUUACGAGAAGUGGUGGUGAUAAUGGAUCUGUUAGUUCAGGUAGCGCUAGACAAACAUCUAGUCAGCAAUAUUAUGAGCAAUUUUCGUCAAACGUAGCCGAGAAUCGAACCCACGAAGGAUAUUUGUAUAAGAGGGGGGCCCUGUUAAAGGGCUGGAAACAAAGGUGGUUUGUGUUGGACUCCAUUAAACAUCAAUUACGAUACUAUGAUGCUAUGGAAGAUUCUCAUUGCAAAGGUUUCAUAGAUCUUGCAGAAGUAAUGUCAGUAAUGCAGGCACCUCCAGCCCCUGGAACUCCAAAAAAGACAGACGACAAAUCAUUCUUUGAUUUACGUACGUCAAGACGCACAUAUAACUUCUGCGCGGCCGACGUCAUUUCUGCACAAGAGUGGAUAGAAAAACUUCAGGCUUGCCUUCAAUAAAGCUGUAAUCCAAAGCUCCUUUUAGUCAUAAUGUUUUAUAUCAGUUGACAAUAAAUGUUAUUUGUUUGUAAAAAAAUAUGUUAGUUUAUUGAAUUAUUGAGCGAGCAUUAUGUACGCAAAAAAAAACAAGUUAUUUCGCUUAACACGCGCUUGCUCAAUAAAUAAUAAAAGUAGGACUAAGUUACCUAAAUAUAAAUAUGCAAAAUAUGGAUCUCUAACGUUUAAUGCUGCAGUUUUAUGUAUGCAAAUUUUUAUACUGUCGUCCCUAUUUAAUCAAAACUUUCCAACUUUUGUUCUUUGUAAAGCCGAGUGGCAUAUGUUUCCUGUUGUAAGUUGUGUUUAGAUAUUUCUAUAAAUGUUUUGUAAAUUAGUGAUAUACUUUUAUUAUGCAGACUUAACUUGCUUUUGCUAUUGAUCCUAUAAUUAACACUAAGCAAUGCUGUGCUUUUGUACCAUGGAAAAUGCAGGGCAUCUACGACGUGAUUCCAAAGUCGGUUGGAUGCUCUUUAAAUUUGUGUACUAGCUACGAUGUGCAUGUUUCCAUUGACAGCACAUUUCUUCCAAAUGCACAGUAUAAGCUGCUCUGCCUCUUCCAACAAAUGGCAAAAGCAAGAUGUGAUGCCAAGGCUCUCUUUUCCUUGUUAACUAUUUUUAUUAUUAUACCUGUCAGUAUCACUGCAUAUCACAAAGUUUUCUUGUAUUUUUGAUAGUCAGGGAAUACACUUUUUUCUUUAAUUACCAAAAUUACAUCAGAUUUACCAUUUACAAUGUGAACAAACAAAAUAUAGUCAUAUCAAGUUUUA